AUGUGCAAAAGGAACUUGGCGGGUGACGGUCUCCCUGGAGACAAAACGCUCCCAAAAGCCCAUGGUGUCGCGUCUCUUCGGGAGGUAGAUGAAAAUGAAUCGGGCGGCUAUCCACCAACUACGGAGACACAAGACUAUAGUGAAGUGUAUGCAGCUGCUCCCGGCUUUCCUUCUCUUGACGCCUUGCCUCCUGCGAAUAGGUUCGAUAAGCAAGGGAGCAUAUUUUUCAGGGUCAUGGACUCAAUCUUGGUGAACUGUAUAAGACUCAAUGAUGCGCUUGGAGGGCACGGACGCCAAACGACAACCAAUAUCGAGAAGGUCCGGGGCUGUGUGGAUCAGCUCGCUCAGUUGGGGUACGCAGAAGCAAUUUACGCGAUUAAGCAAGAGCUUGCUCUGGUUGCGAGCAAGCACAUCCAAGUUCGGUACAAUGAAACCGUUUAUUGGGAGAUUAUUAAGAAGGGUGCGGUGCUUCUGGAUCCGGCAACGCUGCCAACCGCUAAGGGACCCGUUGAUGAAUUCACGAUGGCUGAAAAGGUCGCAACUGAAACGUUCAUGAAGGAAGCGGACUACGGUCUCAGUCUUGCAAACAAGCGACUCUGUCGCAUUCUCUGGAAGCGGUUGUUCGAGGUGCGGAAAGCUGGCGUAGAUCGACUUCUCCUAUAUCGUACAAAGGAAUUUGAUGACUUCUGCAGAGGCUAUAAAUCAGAGUGUGGAAACUCGCUGGUAAAAAAUGCUCAGUUCUGGGAGAAGUACAGCUUACACUUUGAACGGCUGGAAAAUCGACAGUACCACUUCACCCAGCUACCACCACUGGGAUCACAGGGUAUCUAA